AUGUCCGUACCGUCUCGAGUUCUCAAGGACGCCGUCCGGAUCCAGUUUAUCAACGAACUAGGCAUGGAGGAAGCCGGCAUCGAUCAAGAGGGCCUAUUCAAGGAAUUCUUGGAGCAGACGCUGAAGGAAGGGUUCAACCCAGACUAUGGGCUAUUUUGCUUGACGGCCGACAAUAAACUUUACCCCAGCAGUACCAGCGAGGUACAUCAGGAGCACCUUCGCCUCUUUGAAUACCUGGGGCGGAUGCUGGGCAAGAUGUUGUAUGAAGGCAUUGUGGUGGAUAUUCCGCUGGCUCAUUUUUUCCUAAAUGCGCUGCUGGCUCGACCCAACACGCUGGAUGAGUUGUCAACGCUGGACGCCGACUUGGCACGCAAUCUCCACAUGGUCAAGACGUAUGACGGCGAUGUGGAAGACCUUGGGCUGGUGUUUGCUGUAGAUGAGGAGGUGUUGGGUGAGCGGCACACGGUGCCGCUGCGGCCCGGCGGUUCCGCCGUGGACGUGACCAACGAGAAUCGCGUGCUGUAUGUGCACUUGAUGGCCGACUACAAACUCAAUCAGCAGCUGCGGCGUCAGGUGCAGGCGUGCCGGCACGGUUUCAACGAGUUUGUGCAUGGAUCUUGGCUCUCCUUCUUCAAUGCGCCAGAGCUGCAGCGACUGGUGUCGGGCGACGACGUGCCACUGGACGUGAAUGACUUGCGACACCAUGCCAACUACGAAGCCGGCUUUCAUUCGUCACAUCGCGUCAUCAAGUGGCUGUUUGAGGUUGUGGAGAAGGAUUUAUCGCGAGAAGAGCAGGAGCAGUUUCUGCGCUUUGUCACGAGUUGCUCCAAGCCACCAGUCUUGGGAUUUGCCGCUCUUCAACCGCGCUUCACGGUACGGGCCCUGGGUGAGGGUCAGGCCGAAGACCAGUACACAUUGGGCACUGUUGUUCGCAACUUUUUCACCUCGGGCACGGAUACGACACGCUUACCGACGUCUUCGACCUGCUUUAACACGCUCAAGUUGCCCAUGUACAAGAGCAAGCGCGUCUUGCGAGAAAAACUGAAAGCAGCCAUUUCCUCCUCGUCUGGCUUUGAGCUCGCUUAGCCGUCCUCCUGCCAUCCUACUCUGUUGCCUCUCAUGAUGCGCCUCUUUGCCACUUUACGUGCUCUCCCGACCAUCUACUUUGGAAGCCACGAACCCACAUGACUCUGACCGAAUGAAUGCUAUCACAGACUCCUGUACCCCUCACAAAUUGAUCCUCUAAAGAAG